GUCCUUCCUGUGAGUCUUACAUUUUUCUCCCAUCCAAACUCGUGAUUAGCGAGGAAUACCAGAGUCCAUUUUCUCACCAAAUCACACCAUCCAAACAGACAAAAAAACUAGCCAGUGGCAUGUUGUAGCAACUUUUCUAUGGAAGCUAAGCAGAAAAGAAUCAGACCCUGUGGCAGCGGAGGGGGAAUCAGGUGCAGCAUUCAUGGCCUUACAACAAUCUUUGUUUUCUAUGCGUUAGUAUUUUUCACAGCAAGAGAGAAGAAAAUGGUAGUGUUAGAUGUCGAAAAGGGUGGGAAAUGCGAUUUGUCUGCGGGAAAGUGGGUAUACGAUGAUAGUAAUAGCUCUAAUUACCCUUCAUACAAAACUCAAGAAUGCUCAUACAUGGAUGAUGGAAUGGCUUGUGAAAAGUUUGGGAGAAAGGACCUCAACUAUCAGCAUUGGAGAUGGCAGCCUCAUGACUGUGAUCUUCCCGGGUUCAAUGCAGAAGCAAUGUUGGAGAUGCUAAGAGGCAAAAGGCUUGUGUUUGUUGGGGAUUCACUGAACAGGAACCAAUGGGUCUCAAUGGUCUGCCUCGUCGAUGCUUCAAUUCCUCUGGCUCAGAAGUCUCUGAACUUUGAACUCAAUGGCUCCUUAUUUACCUUCAAGGCUACUGAAUAUAACGCCUCGAUUGAUUUUUACUGGGCUCCGUUGCUGCUGGAAUCGAACUGUGAUGGUCCGUACAACCAUCGUAUAAAAGAGAGAAUUGUCCGAGUCCACGCGAUUGAGAAGCACGCUAGGCACUGGACUAACGCGGACAUAUUGGUCUUCAAUUCUUACAUAUGGUGGACGUCGCAUAAAAUGAAAAUUCAGUGGGGAUCGUUUGAAAGCCCCGGUGAAGUCGAUGGAGAUUAUUUAGAAGCGCAACGAAUCUAUGAGAUGGCUCUGAAGACUUGGUCGGAUUGGUUGGAAACUCGUGUCAAUCGCACCAAGACCAGAUUGUUUUUCGUUAGCUUCUCACCCACUCACGAACGGGCCGAAGAAUGGGGGAAGCCUGCAGACCAAAACUGCUACAACGAAACCGAGCCAAUUUCGAAAGAAGGGUAUUGGGGACGCGGAUCAGAUCCUAAAAUGAUGGGAAUUGAUCCUAAGAUGAUGCAAAUCGUGGAGAAAUCAGUAUUCGAAUUACAGAAAAAAGGUGUGGAGAUACAAAUUCUCAACAUAACACAGCUCUCAAAGUACCGAAAAGACGCUCAUUCGUCAAUUUAUAAGAGGCACUGGAGUCCUCCUACCAAAGAACAAUUAGGGAAACCCAAGACCUAUGCAGAUUGUAUGCAUUGGUGUCUUCCUGGAGUUCCUGAUGUUUGGAAUGAACUCCUCUAUGCCCACCUUAAAAAAUAUUGAUAUAAUUCAGAACAAAAAUCGGCAGAGUCUUCUUGGAGUUCCUAAGCCCCGUUCUCCUAAGGUUCUUAUUUUUUCAUUACUUAUUUUCUGUUUUAUGAGACAGGUCAUUCU